CAUGAAGGCAUCAUUUGCCCACCAGCCCAGCAGCAACCAUCCGCAUCAGACAGAUUUCAUUCAGCGAGUGGCCGCUCCGUGGAGAACAACAGGCUACCUCUCCUGUCCUGUGAUGCUGCACAGCUAUGGGACAAAGGAAAGAGAAAAACCUUGAAUCAAGGUUACUAUCUAACAAAGAGCCAUAAAAUCAAGAUCAACGUGGGAUCCUAAAUUAGGAGAACAUUGACAGGGCAGCGUGUUUUUGUUAUUGGUUACCUGUUUUUAAAUCUCAUUAGCUGUUUAUUGUAAACAAUCCUCUCCUCAGACAAUAUUUUGGAGUUAAGGAAGGCGAUGUUCUUCUGUGUUCAGUCCACAUCCCACUGUCACUAGUGGCUUGUAAGAGUAGACUGGCAUCAUGUGGAAUAAAACAUGCACAUAACUAGAGGGGUUAAGUCUGCCCGAGUCCUACAGGCAGGGCAGAGUCUUCGCUCCAGUACCCAGUCCUGCAGCGGCUCCACUGUCUUCAUGUGUCAUUAGUUACCGACGGACAACCAGGGGUCAACAGAAGCUACAUGACCAGCUGCGCCAUGACUUCAUCGGACAAUGAUGAAACGGGGAGCGACCUGUCUGAGUCUCAGGAGAUCCAGGAGCUCCAAGACCAGUACAUGGACCCUGAAAACUGCUUCAAGUCCAAAAGCUUACCCAUCCUGAAUGGGCCCUGUCGGCCGGAUCAAAAGGCUGUGGAUUCUCCGCUGGUGGACACCACCCACACCUGUGUGGCCGUGCAGGAGUGCAGCGAGCUUCAGCCAAAAACGCCGGACUCCAGCCAGGCAGAGUCUCCCUCCUCCAGGACAGACUUCUCCCCCUCCGUCUCCAGCAUGGUGGGGCUCAGCAGCUCUUUACCAGUGGAGGGCCACAGGGCCGCUGGCUCCGGGGGUAAAAAACUCGGCUUCUCUCUCACCCGCCUUAUCCGCAUCCCGGCCAGGAAGUACGUGCGGGUCAUCCUCAGAGACUCUCGCUGCUUCCUGUUCUGCAUGUGCUACCUGACCUUCAUUCAGUCCCUGAUGGUUUCGGGCUACCUGAGCAGUGUCAUCACCACCAUCGAGAAGCGUUACAGCCUGCGCAGCUCCGAGUCCGGCCUGCUGGUCAGCUGCUUUGACAUCGGCAGCUUGCUGGUGGUGGUCUUCAUCUCCUACUUUGGCGGGAGAGGUCAGAGGCCUCGCUGGCUGGCCGUGGGCGGUGUGGUCAUCGCCGUAGGGGCAGCGUUGUUUUCUCUGCCGCACUUCAUCUCACCACCCUACCAGAUACAGGAGAUGAACUCAUCGGCGGGCCACGAGGGCCUCUGUCAGAGCGGCAACGGCAGCGGGCGCGAGCUGCUCGACGUGGCAUCGUGCCCUCGCGACCAGGAGGGCAACGAACACAACCUGUACGUGACUCUGUUCAUCUGCGCCCAGAUUCUUGUCGGCAUGGGGUCGACGCCAAUCUACACCCUGGGGCCCACCUACCUGGACGACAAUGUGAAGAAAGAAAAUGCCUCUCUCUACCUGGCCAUCAUGUAUGUGAUGGGAGCCCUGGGACCUGCAGCUGGCUACCUGCUGGGAGGCGUCCUCAUCGGUUUUUACGUCGACCCCAAAACUGUAGUCAACAUCGACCAGGGUGACCCUCGCUUUGUUGGCAACUGGUGGAGUGGCUUUCUCUUGUGCGCCAUAGCCAUGCUCCUGGUCAUCUUUCCCAUGUUUGCCUUCCCCAAAAAGCUGCCUCCGCGCCACAAAAAGAGGAAGAAGAAAAAGAUCGGCUCGCCCGGUGACGUGUCCAGCGACGAUGACGUGAUGAAGGAAAAGUCCAGUAGCAAAGGCCAGAACGUCUCCUCCUCUAUGGGUUUUGGAAAGGACAUCAAAGACCUCCCCAAGGCGGCGCUCAGGAUCCUCAGCAACAUGACCUUCCUGUUCGUCAGCCUGUCCUACACGGCAGAGUGUGCCAUCGUCACCGCCUUCAUCACCUUCAUUCCCAAGUUCAUCGAGUCACAGUUUGGCAUCCCCGCCUCAAACGCCAGCAUAUACACGGGUGUGAUCAUCGUACCCAGUGCCGGGGUGGGCAUCGUCCUGGGGGGCUACAUCAUCAAGAAGCUGAAGCUCGGCGCCAGAGAGUCGGCCAAGCUGGCCAUGAUCUGCAGCGGGGUGUCCCUGCUCUGCUUCUCCACGCUCUUCAUAGUGGGCUGCGAGAGCAUCAAUUUAGGAGGCAUCAACAUACCGUACACCACUGGUCCGACCCUGACGCUGACGCACAGGAACCUGACGGGCAGCUGCAACGUGAACUGCGGCUGCAGGAUCCACGAGUACGCGCCGGUCUGCGGCUCCGACGGGAUUACCUAUUUCAACCCCUGCCUGGCUGGAUGCAGCACCGUGGGCAAUGACAGCACCGGGAUCAGGAACUACACCGACUGUGGCUGCGUGCAGAGCAGACAGGUCAUCACUCCGUCCUCCGGCGGCCAGGUCAACCAGCUCCAGCUGGUCAUUGUUAAAACCUACCUGAACGAGAACGGCUACGCUGUGUCGGGGAAGUGCGACCGCACCUGCAACACCCUCAUCCCUUUCCUCAUCUUCCUCUUUAUCGUCACCCUCAUCACCGCCUGUGCCCAGCCCUCUGCCAUCAUCGUAACGCUCAGGUCUGUGGAUGAACAGGAGAGGCCUUUCGCUCUUGGGAUGCAGUUCGUCUUACUGCGAACUCUCGCCUACAUCCCCACGCCCAUCUACUUCGGUGCUGUGAUCGACACCACCUGCAUGCUGUGGCAGCAGGACUGCGGCGUGCACGGCUCCUGCUGGGAGUAUGACGUCACCGCGUUCCGCUUCGUCUACUUCGGCCUGGCCGCCAGCCUCAAGUUUGUCGGCUUCGUCUUCAUCUUCCUCACCUGGUACUCAAUCAAGCACAAGGAGGAGCGAGCCGAGCGCUGGCGCCAGCACCUGCCUCCGCUGGGCACCGUCAGCGAGCUCAUCUGCCACGCCGGAGGCCAGAAAAGCCACGCACGCACCCGCUCGUGCCCCGUUUUCAUCCCGCCUCGACCCGACCCGCCCGCCGCCUUGCUGCUCAACCGCGGCCACAGCAGCCUCAGCUGCCCCGGCAACGCCCUCAAAGCAAUAACCCCUCCCAUCUUGUUGCCACAUCACCAUAGAGGCUCCGCCCAUGUCUGAGAGCACACCAGGCCUCCCUCCCCUGGGGGUUCAUCAUGACAUGUGCCUUCCUGUUUGUGUUCCUGCACCACACGGUGUCUGCUUUACACCAGUCAGACACCAGGCGGGGCUCCACAGCUGCUGCAGGACUGGCGGGCAGAGACGCAGGUGCGCCCACAGUUCCUAAAAGGGCUGCUCGUUGUUGUUUAUAGUAACAGGAGGCUGACGGAUAGUUCCUUUAUUCUGAACAUAUCAUCAGCUGCAGCCACACACAGCAUCCACGCAGAAGGUCAGACCUCCACGACAAGGUUCGGACGAUGUAAAGACAUCAAAUGGUGCUACUGUUAAAGGGCAGGGCAUUAAAAUCUCCGUACAGACAGAAGAGUCAUCGUGAACACAGCAUCUAAAGCACAACUGACAAACCUGUACUAUGCAAGAUCCUAUGUACAGCCCCCUCUGUAAUCUACAUCUGUACCUCUUUCUUCUUCUUCUUCCCUGCUCACUUCACAUGCGUCACCACAGUGAUGCUGUCGGCUCAUUCGUAAUCCCCCUUAUGUCUCACAGUCUCAGCUGUGAACAUAUCAGCAGGUCUGUGUUGUAGUUGAGCCGAUCCAUCCUGUCCUCGCGUCUGGUAAAUCAUCAACAUCAUCAGAAUUUACAAAACUGGGAUUUUUUUUUAAGCCUUUUUUUUGGUAACAGUGCCUCUCAGGCUGUCUCGGCCAGUCCAGUAUACAAAGCUAGCUACCAGGGUAAAUGCUAGCUACUGAAAAAAAAAAAAAAGAAAGAAAAGCCAGUCACUGUCCUCUCAGUUGAGCGACAAUAUUCUGCUUGGUUGCCCUCAGCUUUUGUGAUUGGUGAGCUCGAGUCAUUGCGGCUCGCCUGGGAAGUUAACCAUGUAGUGUAAAGCCGACAAGCUCCACCAACGGUACAGUGUUUCAGUGACCUCUAUGAGAUGAUCGGUCUUGUCUGUGAGCGAGGGAUCCGUUUCCUGCUAAAUCACCAUAUAUUGUUGUCAUUACAGUGUGGAAUAAUUGGUCAAACAGGAGAAAGGAGUAAGAAGGUUAUCUCAUCUCUGAUCAUGUGCUGAAGCUACUGUGUGUCCAAAACACGUGAUUGUACUUGAAACUUGGAAAUGCGCCGGAGAGUUGGCAAAAUGCGGCUGUUUUUUAAACAAACUUGAGCCAUUUCUAAGCAAAAUGCACUCAAAGUAAAAAUGAUUUGUACCUAAACUAUUGCAGGUCUCGACGACAAAUGAAAAGGACGCAUCAUUUUGGCUUUGCAUCGUAAUGGCUUCUCCAUUCUAAUGGUCAUCAGAUGUACAUAAUAGUUACGUAGUAGUCUUAGGCUAGUGUGGCAAGCAUGUAAAACCGUGAACCUCCUUUUGUCAGAGAACUCUGACGUCCAGUAUUCAGUUUCUGGGUAUGUGGCGCCCUCUAGUGGACAGAUUGUGUUGAAGGCCAAUGAAUGUUUGUCAGACCUGCUGAACUACGACGUUCUUGAUUAGAAGUUUAAUUAUUAAACUCAGUCACUGCACUGAAUUUAGCUCUCCAGUUUUCCAAAGAUGUACCCGAGCAAAAGGUGACCCGCCAUCUUUUGACAUUUAUGCUCGCAGGUCAUGUGACAAGUCAGAUCAGUCCGGCCCGCACCGUAUUCAGUAUUUAAACACUUAGCAUGAGCCUUAACUGUUUUAAUACAGCUGUGUACUUUUCUUUUACCAUGGGCUCAUGCUGCUUUCGUAUGGAUUUACCUUCCUUUGAAUAGGACAGGCAGUGUUUGCAGACAAAUGGAAGAGGUGUUAACGAGGCCUUUUUCAUGUUUAAAAAAAAAAAACAAAAAAAAAAAACAAGCUUUGUUCAAUAUUAGAUAUUAGGUGCAUACAAAAAGUCAAAUCUGUGGCACAUGUUUUAUUUUUGAGUAUUUUGUUCUUUUCUUAUUUAAGUCUAAUAAAGUUAUUGUGUUUUAUAUUCUGAUCAGUUUGACUUAAUUUUAGAUAUUAAAAGAUUAAGGGGAAAAAAAAAAAAACAAAUGGAAACUCGGAUGCAGUGAGUACGUUUUAAAAGAUAACAUUUUUGACCAAGAUUCACGGUAUUCUUACCAGGCUGGCCAAUUAUUCAGUGGUUAAUGGCAGUGACUAUUUAUUUUAACUUUUUUUUUUUUUUUGCAUUAAUGUAACUUAGUACCUCAAAUUACAUAUUCACAUGUCAUCAUCCUGUAAAUACUGACAGAGUAAAUGAAGCAUAUUAUAGAGCUCAUGCAUAGUUAGGAGCAUAUUUAUGAACUAACCCAUGACCUUGUAGUGAAAGAAAAAGAUUAAAGCUACAAAGAACAAAAAAAAA